UGGGAAUGUAAAAUAUCAAAACCUCCUCCUGAGAGUAAUAGAUACCAAUUAUCCCUAUGGACAUGACCUCCACGAAAUCCCUCCCUCACACCGGCUUCGGCCUGCUAGGAAUGACCUGGCGCCCCUCGAAGACCCCUAAUGAACAAGCCUUUGCAGCCAUGAAGGCCGCUAUUGCUGGGGGCGCAACUCUUUGGUCUAGCUCCUCUAUCUAUGGAAUGCCCCCUGAGCCUCCUACCGCCGGUCUAUGGCUGCUGCGACGCUACUUCGAGAAGUAUCCGGAGGAUGCACCCAAAGUGACCCUCUUCGUGCGUGCCUGCUUCGACGCCGCCACGCUGACCCCGCGGAACACGAGGGAAGGGGUGCGGUCGAGCUUCAUCGAGUGCAAUGAGAUCCUAGGGGGAGUAAAAAAGAUAGACAUCUUCGGCCCCGCCCGUAUGGACCGGAACGUCCCUCUGGAGGAGACGGUGGGGGCCCUGAGUGAACUGGUGGACGAGGGCCAAAUUGGGGGAGUGGGUUUAUCGGAGGUCGGGGCCACCACCAUCCGCCGAGCAGCAGCGAUGUGUCCUAUUACUGCUGUGGAGAUCGAGUUCUCUUUGUGGAGUACAGAGAUGCUCACUAACGGGGUGGCAGAGGCCUGCAAGGAGCAUGGUGUGACGAUUCUUGCUUAUGCUCCUCUGGGGUAUGGAUUCUUGACGGGACAUGUCACGAAGCUGGAGGAUAUUCCUCAGGGAGACAUUCGGCACCUGUUUGGCAGGUUUCAGCCAGAGAACUUCCACAAAAACCUGGAACUGGUUGAAAAGGUCGACACCUUUGCUAAGCAGCGAGGUGUCACCUCAGCUCAACUGGCUCUAGCAUGGAUUCGGGCUCAUUCCAAUACAGAUAAUUGUGGCACGAUAAUCCCCAUCCCUGGGGCCACAGCGCAGUCUCGUGUCGAAGAAAAUUGCCAGGUGGUCGAGAUAUCUGCUGAGGAGAAGAAUAGGCUAGAUGAGAUUAUCAAGUCGAUUGAAGUUGUCGGAGAGCGGCAGAUUGUGGGAAUGAGUGACGAGCACCUCUGGACAUAAGGGCCUGUUUAGUCAAGUAGCACCUUGAGUGUCCAGAUACUUUAGGCAGUCAAAUGGAGGUGUUAUCUCUUAACAAGUAGUUUAAGGUGAUCCCUAUCAUAGAUACCAAGAUUAAUAGCACCGCGUAGGUCUACAUUGAUGUGCUAGAGACUAGAUACACCUGUCCCAUAAUUCUCAAGCACGUAGUCAACGUCUUUGUCGCCGCGCCCCGAAAGAUUGACCAGGAUUCUUUCGGACGAAGGGCGCUGCGACGCCAAUCGAAUCGCGAACGCUACCGCAUGCGCACUUUCCAAUGCAGGGAUGAUU